AUGGUGACGGCGGAGCAGGCCUUCCAGGCAAACGCGGCGGCGGUGGUGCGCGACUAUUACGUGGAGCCUCGAAUUGAUUACCGCACCAUCUCGGGUGUGAACGGCCCACUGGUCAUUCUAGAGAAUGUCAAGCUGCCCAAGUUCGCCGAGAUCGUCAACCUGACACUGGCCAGCGGCGAGAAGCGCCAGGGUAAAGUUCUGGAGGUGCAGGGCAGCAAGGCCGUUGUGCAGGUCUUCGAGGGCACGGAUGGUAUCGAUAACCGCCACACACACUGCGAGUUCACGGGUGAUGUACUGAAGAUGGCCAUCUCGGAGGAGAUGUUGGGUCGCGCCUUCAACGGCUCCGGUAAGGCGAUUGACGGUGCCCCUGCGGUCGUGGCUGAAGAGUACUUGGAUAUUGAGGGUCAGCCCAUCAACCCUUCAUGCCGUGACUACCCCAAGGAGAUGAUUCAGACCGGCAUCUCGGCAAUUGACGUGAUGAACUCAAUCGCUCGUGGACAGAAGAUCCCGCUCUUCUCCGCGGCAGGUCUACCGCACAACGAGAUUGCCGCACAAAUUGUGCGUCAGGCUGGUCUGGUGCAGCGCAAGGAUGUCGUCGACUCCCACGACGAUAAUUUCGCCAUUGUGUUUGGUGCUAUGGGUGUCAACAUGGAGACAGCUCGUUUCUUUCGUAACGAUUUCGAGGAGAGUGGAUCUAUGCAGAAGACGGCGCUGUUCAUGAACCUGGCUAAUGAUCCUACCAUUGAACGCAUUGUGACGCCGCGCCUGGCGUUGACCACGGCCGAGUAUCUUGCCUACGAGCGUGACAUGCACGUGCUCGUCAUUCUGACGGAUAUGAGCUCAUAUGCCGAUGCCCUUCGUGAAGUGUCUGCUGCCCGUGAAGAAGUGCCCGGACGUCGUGGUUACCCUGGUUACAUGUACACGGAUCUGUCGACAUUGUACGAGCGUGCUGGACGCGUGACAGGCCGCAAUGGUUCCAUUACGCAGCUGCCCAUUUUGACCAUGCCCAACGAUGAUAUCACGCAUCCCAUUCCGGAUUUAACGGGCUACAUUACGGAAGGACAGAUUUAUGUGGAUCGCCAGCUGCACAAUCGUCAGAUCUUCCCGCCCAUUAACGUGCUUCCAUCGUUGUCGCGUUUGAUGAAAAGCGCUAUUGGUGAGGGUAUGACGCGUGACGACCACAGUGCUGUCUCGAACCAGCUGUACGCCAGUUACGCUACGGGCAAGGACGUUCAAGCCAUGAAGGCUGUGGUUGGUGAGGAAGCUCUUUCGCUGGAAGACCAUCUGUACCUCAAGUUCACGGACAAGUUUGAGGGAAAGUUUAUCGCGCAGGGUCCGUACCAAUCGCGAGACAUCUUUGAGUCACUGGACCUCGCAUGGUCGCUCUUCCGCGCGUUUCCGAAGGAGUUGCUAAAGAAGAUUCCGAAGAAGCAUCUGGACACGUACUAUGCGCGUCGAACGCAAGCGCGUGAGGAGAAGGAAGAGCGAUGCGACGGCGCUCGAAUGUACUGCUCGGCCAUUCAUGACGGACUCUGCUGGAAAGGAUAUGAGCAGUGA